AUCUUGCAGUGCUAUGACAAAUAUCUUAAAGCUGAUUUCAAAGAGGCCGCAGCAGAAGCAGGUCAUCCUGAGUGGGAGCUGCCAGAUAAUGCUGGAAAACCGAACGAUAUACCCGAAUCCACAGAAUUUUUCAAAUCAAAUGGAACUUAUCAAACGGAGAAAGGCCGUUUUUUUCUGACAUGGUAUUCCAACAAGUUGUUGACCCAUGGUGAUGAUAUCUUGGAUGAAGCCAACAAAGUAUUCCUUGGUUACAGAGUGAAAUUAGCAGCAAAAGUUGCCGGAAUCCACUGGUGGUAUAAAACAGAAAGCCAUGCUGCAGAGCUUACUGCGGGAUAUUACAACUUAUGUCAUAGGGAUGGAUACAGACCCAUAGCAAGGAUGCUUUCCCGACAUAAUGCUAUUUUAAAUUUUACUUGUCUUGAGAUGAAAAAUGUUGAGCAACCAGUUGAAGCCCAAAGUGGAGCCGAGGAACUUGUCAAGCAGGUUCUUAGUGGCGGCUGGGCGGAGAAGAUUGAAGUUGCAGGAGAAAAUGCACUCGCAAGAUAUGACCGUGAAGCUUAUGACCAAAUCCUUUCAAAUACUAGACCGAACGGUAUUGCCAAAUUUGGCCAUCCAGCACGAAAAAUGUAUGGCGUGACGUACCUCCGUUUAUCAGACAAGUUAAUGAAGCAAAGAAACUUUGACAUAUUCAAAGCCUUCGUGAAAAAGAUGCAUGCAAACCUGGAUUACUGUUCGGACCCGGAGAGGUACUAUCAUUUCACAGAACCUAUGGAGCGAUCAAAGCCAAGGAUUCCAUUAGAGAUUCUUCUGGAAGCAACCGAACCAUUGGAGCCUUAUCCAUGGUUAAAGGAAACGGAUGUAACCCGUGGUGUGCUUGUUGGUUUUCUUAAUUACAUACUUGCUACUGUUUUACGCAUACUCAGAAUAAAAGUAAACAAGAAAGGGAAUGUAAAAGAAUGAUGGAAUUGAAGAAUAACAGAAAAAAAAAAAUGGAAAGGAUGAAAGGAAC